AUGUGUUGCGAUGGAGAUGAUGAAGAUGAACAACAACCCGAACAUCCCAGAGUUCGAGGUUGUACUGAUAUUUUUUGGUUGUGUUUGUUUAUAAGUUUUUGGUUUCUUAUGAUCAUGAUUGCUGCAUUUGCUUUGGUGUAUGGUAAUCCUAUGAGGCUUGUCCAUGGUUACGAUAGCUUUGGAAAUACUUGCGGAACAAAAAAUACUCCUGCUAUCAAACGAUCCGAUUUAUAUGCUUUAGAUAACAGCGAUAAGCCAUUAUUAUUUUUCUUUGAUAUGAAUGAUCUUAAACAAUCAUUCAAAAUCUGUGUGAAACAAUGUCCAAAUCGUUUAAUGGUAAAUAUCGAUAAUAUUUGUCAAUUUUAUAAAGAUACUGGCUCACAAUUAUGUUUUGAUGACCCAAAGUUUGGGGUUAAUGCCUGUAAUUAUAACAAUCAACAUAACUUAACGAUGUGCCCAAAACCUCCAAUUUACGAUAGUACUCCAAUUUUAAAUCGAUGUGUGCCCAAAAUUGUUAAAGAUGUUACGUCUGGUCUUGUUUAUAAUUUAUAUGGCUUACUUAAUUCUUGGGAUGUUAUUGAACAAAUUUUGGGAGACUUAUACAAAACAUGGAGAGAAAUUUUAUUCUUAUCUGUUCUAGCUUUUGUAUUGUCAUUAUGUACAAUAGCAAUUUUUCACUUACUGGCUACUUUUGUAACAUGGAUUGUUAUGGUGUUAGUUAGUGGUACUAGUUUACUAUGGUGGACUUACGCAGAUAUUAAAAAAACCAUAAAUGCUACGAACCCAACUGAACUACUUGAAGAAUCUUUAAGAAAUGAAACUGCUUUUCUAGUAUUUUCAAUUAUUGCUACAGUUGUAACGAUCGUUAUAAUUUCACUUGUAUGUGUACUUCGGCGACGAAUAAGUUUUAUGGGUGUUCUUUUUAAAGAAAGUGCUAAAUGUCUAGCAGAAUUACCUGGAUUAUUUUUGCAACCGCUAUUAACAUUUUGCGUUCUUUUGUUAUUUUUUACCUUCUGGAUUACCAUCAUUAUUUGUCUUGCUACGUCAAAUCAUCCUGCUAAUAAAUCCAUUUUUAUGUUAAAUUCAUCUGGAAGUCCUACACUCAUCAAUCAACAAUCCGACUAUAAUACAGUGCUAGAAAGACAAACAUCUAAUUUAACUUUUAGAGAUAUUUCAAAACUCACUCUUGUUGAGUACGUGGAUGCAGUUUGGAUUAAAUACAUGUGGUGGGUAUACAUAAUAGCAUUAAUUUGGGUAUCUGAAUUUAUUAAUGGAUGCCAAAACCUUGUAAUUUCCGGUGCAGUUGCUCAUUGGUACUUCAGAGGUAAAGAAUCAAACUCGUCACCAGUGUGCUCUGCGAUUGGGAAAUUGGUUAGCUAUCAUUUAGGUUCCGUUGCUUGUGGGUCAUUUUUGAUAACCCUAUUUAAGUUGCCGCGAUUGAUUUUAAUGUUUUUACAGCAAAAAUUUGAAAAGACUAAAGAAACUUCAGUUUGUUCACAAUGUGGAUUAAAAAGUUGUAUUUGCUGUUUUUAUUGCUUGGAAAAAUUUAUAAGAUACAUCAAUCAUAAUGCUUAUACAGUUGUCGCUAUUGAAGGUGCAAGCUUUUGUCGAGCUGCUAAAAUUGUCUUCGUAACAGCAGUCACAGGAAGUAUUGGACUUUUAGUUCUGAAACAAGACCCUAGAUUACAUUUUUAUGCAGCGCCUAUUUUAAUAAUAUGUAUUUUUGCUUUUUUCAUUGCGCACUGUGUCAUUUCACUUUAUGAAAUGAUAAUUGACACAUUAUUUUUAUGUAUUUGUGAAGAUAAAAAUCUCAAUGGUGAAAAUGGUAAAUGGCGACAAUCGAAUCUUAUCCAAAUUGGAUGUAACAACAUGAGUUCCAAUGGUCAACACGAGUUAGCUCCUAUGAAUCAAUAA